UUCUUCAUUGCGGUUAAAUGGGCGUCUCGCGUCACCCGAAGUGACUCUUCAGAAUUGGGUGAGAAAAGUCACUUAGAGUGAGGUGAGAUUAGUCGUCUCACGUCACACGCCGCGCAGAAUAGGGCCGAUUGUAAAUUAGUGUCGUUAGAAUAGACUGUAUGUUAAAUGUGUGUUUCGUUGUAGGUUCAGGUGAUAGGCGAAGAUUAAAGAUUAGAAUAGUUCAAGUAGAAGUAGAAAGUGUAAAAUAGACCAUUUUUGAUUCACGCUGAAAGGAGAACAAUUAACCUCAUUCGGCAUAUUUAGGCUACAAUACAAUUAUUAAAAGAGGAUAUUUUAUGUUUGGGCCGGAACGCAUUCCGGAGAAUUUCUUCCCCAGGUCGCCAUUACCAUCUGGGCAUCAGCCACGCCUAAACCGAACAAGAUAAAAUCCAUUCGGACUCACUCGCCGGACUUCCGGAUAUUGCAUAACGGAAAGAAACCGUCGCUAGUCAUUAUAAUCGUUAGAAACAGCCACCACUACCAACCAACACCAUCACCAGCCCAGUUCACCACCAGUUAACUGCUCCAGCAAUCGCUCCGGGUACCCGUCGCAGCCACCGACAUCGGAGUUGCCUGAACUAUAAACCGCAAGUACCUCAAUGACGUCAAACCUAAUCUAAAAGCCGUGCAUGGAAAAUAUAUUUGUAAUGUUCACGAAAUCGGUGAUUUGGUAGUCUCUUUGCAAAACAGUGAGCCCAAUUUAAUACUUAUACACUCGUUUGUCCGCUUCGUGUAUUUCCGUGCUCAUAAAGGAGUUUCAAGCCUCAUCACUGGAUGGUGGCCUGGUCGUUCAUAGCCGCUUUUGAGUAUUUAUCUUUUAUUUUAGGAUCGGUGAAUUGGCUUUCCUUCCCCUCGGGUGCGAACAUUAAUCGAUGAACCCGUUUCCAUCUGUUCCCUUGCCGAAUGAGUGUCCUGCACACUUACAGCCUUGCACUAUUCAUCCUAUCCUGCCUGUCAUGGCAAUCAACGGAGUCAUCCCGCAUUUUGGGAGUUUUCGCUUUCCCCGGUCGCAGCCAUUGGAUGAUGAUCGAUGCCAUAUUGAACGAGCUGCUGGACCGUGGCCACCAGGUGACGAGCAUCAGCAACUACCCACUGUCGAGGGAACACGAAAACUACACCGAAAUCCGAAUUGCGCCGAUUUACGAUUUUUGGAAGAAAUCCGUUAAGGUGGAUUCACUGUACGAUUUAACGGAAAUUUCAAUCCAUCGGAUGUUGGUUGAUUUCCUGUACAGUUUGGGACUGGAAACAGCUCAGUACGGUUUCACGAGGGAAAACGUGAAAAACUUUACCCUCAACGAUCACAGUAAGUUCGAUUUGAUAUUGGCCGAGCAAUUUUACCAGGAAGCGUACCUGAUGUUUGCUCACAAAUAUCAGGCUCCGAUUGUUACUAUUGGAACUUUCGGCUUCGCCCAAUAUAUGGGUCCAAUGAUGGGUAUGAUGAAUAUGUGGUCUCACGUACCACACGAAUUCCUACCCUACACGGACAAAAUGACAUUGACUCAGCGAACUUACAACUCAAUGGUUAGUUUGUAUGAAUUACUGCUACGAGCUGUAUAUUACAUGCCCAAGCAGGAAGCUAUGGCUCGCGAAAACUUUGCACAUCUUGAAGGUCCUCUACCAAAGAUUGCUGAUUUAGAGCGACAGGUUUCCGUGAUUCUGCUGAAUAGUCACACUCCACUCACGUCAACUCGAGCUAAAGUUCCCGGUUUAGUGCAAGUAGGGGGUUUACAUAUUAAAAAACCAAAAACUCUUCCGAACGAUCUCCGGAAGUUCCUAGACGAAGCAAAAGACGGUGCCAUUUAUUUCAGUUUAGGAACGAAUUUACGGAGUGCGGAUAUGCCCCAGGAUAAACUAGACUCGAUUUUAAAUGUGUUCCGCUCGAUGAAACAACGGGUCGUAUGGAAGUACGAGGACGAAUCAAUCCGAAACUUGCCUUCGAAUGUGAUGAUCAAGAGUUGGUUACCACAAAGUGACAUUCUUGCUCAUCGGAACGUGAAAGUCUUCAUCACUCAUGGUGGUCUUCUGGGUACACAGGAGGGUGUACAUCGAGCUGUUCCAAUGCUAGGAAUUCCAAUCUACUGCGAUCAACAUUUGAACAUGAACAAAGCUGUGUUGGGAGGGUACGCCGUAAAGUUGUACUUUCCGAACAUUACGGAAACCUCGUUCCGAUGGGCGUUGGACGAGCUACUGCACAAACCGGAGUACAAGAAGAAUAUCGAUCGGAUUUCGGCUGUGUUUCGGGAUCGUCCAAUCCCGGCUCUUUCGGAAGCGGCGUUUUGGGUUGAGUACGUUAUACGACACAAGGGAGCACCCCAGUUAAGAUCGGCAGGACUGGAUCUGCCGUGGAUAAGUUUCGCUCUGCUAGAUGUCGUUGGGGUGAUAUUAGUGGCAGUGCUUUUGACAGGUUGGACUAUUAAAAAAAUUGCGAACAUGUGUUUAGGAAACGGCAAACACAAGUUAGAGUAGGUGCGGCGAUGAAGCGAUAGUUAUUGUUUGAUGAUUAUGAACACAGUGCUUGGCUAAGUUGUCUGACUCAUCAAUUUUUUAAUGUAGAAUACAUUUAAGCUUUCAAUAUAGGGGUCCCGUUUCAAAAUAUCGGCUGCGGCACCGCGUCAGAUUUUGAACGUUAAUAACUUUUAUCAUACUUAACAGAAUGAUUUGAUUUUUAGGUCAAUUUGUUGAAAAUAUGUUCCUCUAUGCUGUAUUAAAAUUUUAAGUAUGUAUAACAUGCACUAAUAACAAAAAAUUGUGUUUUGAAAAAUCUUUCGAAAACGACUCGGA